AUGAAGAUGACGGCGCGGACCACUUCGGCCCUCGCGGCGCUGAGACGGUGGCGGGCCACCGGGGACUUGCGGGCCGUCUCAACUCUCCACGGUCACCUCGCACCAGUAUCGCAUCCUCGCCUCGGUCUUUAUCCUGACCUCGGCCUUCAUCCUCGUUGGACUUCUUCAGCUUCUACUGGUGAAGCCAAGACGCCAUCGUCUAUCGGUCCACCUAUACGUUCAUUCGAUCUGGACCACGAACUGGGCAAAGUCGAGGUCGAAGCGUCUCAGGAUGGCGGCCGCAAGGCCCUCGAUGUCCUGGAACGUCUCGACGAGGCAUACGGCGAUGCAUCUCUUUUGUACCUGAAGGGUAUUACAUGCUUGGAUGCAUACUACCAUCACUUCGGCUCGAUGUCGAUCGAAGACGCCCGGUCCGUGCUUAUCGCUGAUGAAGCUGGGCGGAGAGUGGUGCAAUGGACAAGGAAACCUGCCAUAUGGCGUCAGAUCGAAGGAACCACCAUGAGAACGAGAGAUCUCUGA